GAACUUGUGGGGGUUCACACCAUGUUGUCCAAGGGAGAGCAGUUUAGAACAGUCUGAGACCGUUUGAAGAGUCCUAACAGAGUUUUAAAUUGAGAGGCCAAGUAAGACUAGAGAAAGAAUUUUACUGGUCAGAAUGGAACAAAGUGCAAAAACUACCGUGAAGUUUCACGUUCGUUGUGAAACCCAACGAGGGGAGAGGUUGGCUCUUGUAGGAGACGCGGAGGCGUUAGGUGCCUGGGAUCCCGCUAGGGGCAUACCUCUUUGGACAAACUCUAAAAAGUACCCCCGUUGGUCUUGUUCCGUUACGCUACCUUGUAACACUUGGAUUAAUUACAAAUAUUGCAUCGUUGAUUAUGGUGACGACUUUGACGUCGCUAUGAGCGCAGGGGGAGAGUCGCUAGAGGACGGACAAAAAGAAGCACAAUUUUUCAGCGAAGAUCCGCACCCACCAAGGUUUGUAAGAUGGGAAGACUUCGAGGCUAAUCGAAGGUUGAAAACUAGUGGAGUUUUUAUGCGGGUAGACGAUAGAAAAUUUGACGAGCUUUUUAAUGAAAUGAACGAAGCUCGUAUUCGCGUAGAUUACGGUCAUGUGUUUUCGCGCCUUGAGGCACCCUCGUCUUCGCAAGCUUCCUCUUCAUCAACAAGUUCUCCAUCUUCUAGAGGGCUUCCCAGUAAGUUAUUAAUUGUUCUUUACCGACUCCCUGUUAUAGCAAAGAGAACGUCAAACGGAUGGAGCUUUAAAUGGGAUGAUGAUGCGCUUUAUUUGACUUCAGUUGGUCUUCGAGACGGUCUCCAAGGGAAAAUCCGCUUUUACUGGAUAGGUAUUCUAAACUGUGAGGACGAUAUUCCUGAAGACGAGGAGGAGGGAGUCACUCAAACACUUAUGGAUCGAUUCUCCUGUAUUCCUGUGUUUGUGCCAAAGGCGACAUUGACAAAGUUCUAUCAAGGUUUCUGCAAAGGCGUUCUUUGGCCUCUUUUUCACAUGAUAAUACAGGUCACGGAUGAUGGAGGACGAACUAAACAAUUUGACCGUAGCUUGUGGCAUGUUUACUGUCUUGUCAAUCGAAAAUUUGCAGAUGUUGUCGUAGGUGUGUAUCACGAAAGUGAUCUCAUAUGGAUCCAUGAUUAUCACUUGAUGGUUCUCCCUUCUCAACUUCGUAGAAAGCUAUCAGGAGCGAAGAUAGGCUUCUAUUUGCACAUUCCAUGGCCCUCCUCUGAAAUUUAUCGUUCCUUGCCUGUGCGUGAUGAACUUUUGAGAGGCCUCCUUUCUGCCUCACUUUUGGGUUUUCAUUUAUUCGAUUAUGCUAGACACUUUCUAAGCGCUUGUACGCGACUUUUGAAUCUUGAGCAUGAAAGUCGGCGUGGAAGUUUAGGUGUGGAAUAUGGUGGUCGACAUGUGAUGAUUCGCGUAAGUCACAUUGGAAUAGACCCGAAACGUUUCCAGGAGUAUCAGAAGAAGCCGGAAGUUGUAUCUAAAACAGAGGAACUGAAACAGAAAUUUAAGGAUAAGAUAGUCCUCGGUGCCAUCGAUGAUUUGGACGUUGUAAAAGGAAUUUCUCUGAAACUUACGGCUUUUGACUUUCUAUUGGCGAAUUAUCCGUCAUAUCGAAAUAGAAUUGUUCUUAAUCAAGUGGCCAUCCCAAAGACUUCUCGAGUAAAGGAAAAUGUCCGGAAUGAAAUUCGUUCCCUUGUUGAUCAAAUCAAUGAGCGCUAUGGCAGUCAAAGUUAUUUACCUGUCAUGUAUUUUGAGAGAGAAAUAUCUUUUGAUGAGAGAGUUGCCAUGUAUAGUCGAGCAGAUGCCUUCUUUCUUACCCCCAUCAGAGACGGUUUGAAUUUGGUUCCUUAUGAAUAUAUUGUUUCAGCAUCAGAAGGAAAGGGACAGCUGAUCUUGAGUGAGUUUACUGGAUGUUCUCGAGCUCUUUCAGGUGCUGUUCGUGUAAAUCCUUGGAACAUAGAAGAGGUCGCAAGCGUUAUAGACCGUGUGAUGCAACUUGAUCAAAAUGAAAUAAGUCGAAAGCUUCAUGCAGACUACAAAUACGUCACAGCUCAUUCAACCAUGGAAUGGGCAGAGUCCUUUUUGGCAGACUUGGAAAGAGCUUCUGAACCAGUGAAUCGAGUCACAAAAUUGGGACUUGGUUUUGGUGUAGGCUUUCGAUUGUUGGAAUUUGAAGGUUUCCGACAUCUCUCAACGGAUAUGGUACUCCAUAAAUUUCAGAAAUCUCAGAGACGUCUACUUCUUUUGGAUUACGACGGGACUUUAACUCGCUCCGGCAACCAUUCCAAUCGAAUGGCACAUGCAUGGGCAACUCCAACAUCUGCCGUUAUGAAUAACUUGGCAGCAUUAUCUCAAGACACCAGGAACAUAGUUUUUAUUAUGAGUGGUCGCCGCAAAGAUGUAUUAGAACAAACAUUUGAGCAACAUCCUAGAGUUGCAUUAGCUGCAGAGCAUGGUUUCCAUUAUCGUUGGAGUAGGGACCAACCUUGGCAAGUAAUGUAUCCAGAUGCGGAUCUGAGUUGGUUAGAGGUUGCACAUGAAAUAAUGGUUUCUUAUACGGAGAGGACAGAUGGUUCCUUUAUUGAAGAGAAAACAGCGGGUCUUGUUUGGCAUUUUGUUGAUGCAGAUCCAGAGUUUGGCUCUUGGCAAGCAAAGGAGAUGCAUGAUCAUCUUGAAAGUGUUUUAAGUUCAUUUGGAGUUCAAGUUAUCACGGGUAAUGGAUGGGUACAGGUCCGUUUGAAGGACGUGAACAAAGGUGCCAUGGUGAAGAGAAUCCUUGAUGAGCUUUCAAGCAAUACUCCGGACUUUGUGUUCUGCUGUGGUGAUGAUCGUACUGACGAAGACAUGUUUGCCUUUCUAGAAACUACGUUUGAAGCAAGUGAGCAUCACGAUGGUAUUUUCACUUGUACUGUCGGAGCAAAGCCUUCCAAUGCUCGAUACUAUCUCCGUGAUAACGAUGAAGUUGCAGAUUUACUUGCAGCAUUAGCUUCCACAAGGAAUAGAAUGGGAGCACCUCGCUCAUAUACUGUCAACGACUUUCAUUUUAGUCGAGAAGACAAAAGUAUUUCUUUCGAGAAAUCGUUCUAAAAAAGAUUGUUCAUUCGACCAUCUUAGCAUUUAUUAAAUAAUAUAUAUAUAUAUAUAUAUAUAUAUAUAUUGGUAGUAGAAAAUUCCAAUAGUAAAGGGAGCGAUAUUGUUCAAGAAGAUGUCUGUUUUAGUUUGAUGACAAUGGUAUCUCUGUUGCACAUGGUAGAGUCUUCAACUUUCUUAUGUGAGUUGUAUAAUAAACUCAACAGUUGGACU